GAGGAGCACCUGAAUGCAUCUCAGCGGUUGGUCACAACGGGCUGACUGUUGAUGUCGAUGCUGCGACAAGUGACAGCAAACACCGCAGGUCAGCAUGGAGAGUUACACAGAGGCAGCAGCCACCGACCCCGCAGCACGCACCUUCUCUCAGGUGGUGUUCACCAACAUCCCGCACUCAUACCCACCUUCAACCCCCGUCACCUGCUGCUACACCUUCCUUGCCACUUUCCAGCCCAACAGUAGGGACUGGGUGGGCAUCUUUAAGGUGGGAUGGAGCACGACGAAGGACUACCACACCUUUGUGUGGGUGGACCCAUGUCUGGACGUGGAGGGGCAGCAGUCUGUGACAAAGCAAGCUGUUUUUAGGGAUUACUACCUGCCCAAGGAUGAGAUCGAGUUCUACCAGUUCUGCUACAUCGACAGCGCCGGCCAGGUGCGAGGAGCCAGCACUCCUUUCUGUUUCAGAAACCCAGCGGAGCAGAGCGCGGAGAGCAGCCCGGACGAUGACCUGCUGGUUAUCACAACACAGGAUCAGGUGGAGCAGAGCGUACGUGAGAAGGCUGAACUGCAGAAAGAGUUGGAUCAGAUAAUGGAGGAGAACGAAACCUUAAAGCGAGCUCUGGAGAAGGAACGGCAAGACGCCGCCGGCCUGAAGAAUGAACAGAAAGAGAAAGAAAACAGGCAGCUGGUCAAAGAACUGGAUCAAAUCAAGGAACAAAAUGACAAAUUAAGAGGCGCCUUACAGCAACAGCGCAAAGAACUGGACCGCUUACAGGAGGAGAUGGAGAUGCAGAAAGAGAGAGAAAUGAGUCCCAGUGUAGACGAGGUGUCGAGACACAAAGAGACAGACGUUCAGGAGAAAUACGACCGAGCUGUGAUGAAGAUCAACCAGCUGAAAGAGGAGCGCGAGGAGCUGAGGAGGAAGGUCGAUGCUCAGAGCGAUGAGAUCUCCACGCUGAAUUCCAAAAUCAGAGGAGCAGAAAGGGAACUGUUCAAGAUGAAAGACACCGUCCAGCUCCUGCAGGUGGACCUUCAGAGCAGCGAGAAGGAGAAGGAGAGGCUCUCUGCAGAGGUGCAAAGGUUGCAAAGCCUCACGCACAACAUGGACGACAUGAAGAGGGAGAACCAGGAGCUGUGCAGGAUGCUGUCGCAGCAGGAGACGCCUUGCAGCUGUUCAGACGACGAGCUGGAGGUGCAGCGUCAGACUCUGCUCCUGCAGCUUCAGGACGCUCAGCAGGAGUUGGCGGCUGAGCGGCAGGAGUCCAGAGACACCAGGACCCGAGCAGAGUUCCUGGACAGAGAGCUGCUGCAGGUCAGGGAGCAGCUGGAGAAGAUGAUCGUAUCACACGAGCAGGAGCAACGGAAGAGUGGCAAACAAGAGCUGCAGCUCAGAGAGGCACAUGAAGCGAUCGCAGAUAAAGACGGCAUCAUCGAAGAUCAGGAACAAAUGAUCGUGCUCAUGACCCACGAGAAAGAAGAGCUCGCCAGAGAAAACCAGACUCUCAUCAGCGACAUCGAGGGGCUGCGCAGAGUCUACGCUGACCUCCGCGCCGCUUCCCCCGCCGGCUCACCACCGGCUGGCACCGCUCCAUCCACGCAUGAGACACCUGAGCAGGCCAAGAACCUGUACGAGACCACAGGAAGUGCUGCGGGCGCAGAGGAAGAGCCGUCGCUGGUGUGCCGUCACUGCCAGGAGAAGUUCCCUCUCAUAACCCAGCUGGAACUGGAGCAGCACGAGCAGAGCCACCGAAUCUGUCCCUUCUGCACGAUGAUCUGCGACGGCAUGGAGCAGUCUGUGUUUGAAGACCACGUCUACAGCCACGAGCUGUGACGGCCGGGUCCCGAGGCCCCAUUCAGGUGUCGCUCGUACGUCCGGACGAGUGUGGCCGCAUGUAAACAACCAUGCUGAUGUAUUUGCACAUUUUUACUAAUUUACUGCAGAUUACUGUUGAUCAUUUUCCAAAGCGUACUGAAGUCUGUGGUGUUUUCACUUCCUGUCAGGCAGCCAUUAGUGUCCAUCAUGAGUCCAGUAUGCAGCGAGAAUCAGCUGGCAGAGACUUGAAACCUGCCUGAGUCACAUAAUCCGUCACAGUGAACAUCACGUCCUUGUUUAUUUUGGUCAGAUGUCGUCUGUCGUCAUUGCGCAGUCAUGUCUGUCCAAGUGGAGAUGGUUUGGAAAGCUCUGCAGUGGAUCCCACAGCUGGACACGCCAGUACGACACCUCCACAUAGAAAACUUUAUUCUCAUUUAACAGAAGCAAAUUUAGCCCAAAUGAGAUGGUCUAUUUAGACCUGUUGGGCUCAAAUUGAAGUCCUCGUGGGUCCAGGCUGCAUUCUGAGGGUAAAGACGUGAUUGGUUGAGGUUUAGCCUUCAGCUGUGAGGGUUAAGGUGAGGGUCAGGGGCUCGGGACUGUGAUAGUGGAUACAGAUUUGUGCAGUUUGACUGGUUAUACUGACCUUAGCUUAACCCUUCAGGCACCACAACUCUUCAGCACGAACUAGUCUCGACUUCCAUCUCAAGGUUUAGAGCCCAAAUGUCGGCCAAAGAUUUAACCAAAAGAUGUGAGAUGAGAGUUUUAUUGGGCUUUUGCUCCUGGAAAAAUGUAAAUGUAGCCCCUAAAGCAGGCAUGUCCAAACUAUUCCAUAAAGGGCCGUGUGGCUGCAGGUUUUCGUUCCAACCAAGGAGGAGCGCACCAGGCCAACCAAUCAACAUCAAGG